AUGAGAAAGUCGAUCAUCAUCUUAUUGCUCGGUUUGUCCGUGGCGACAGCCUUCUUGUUCCCAUCCGCUGGAGGAGGCGGUGGGGGCUGCGGAGGAGGAUGCGGCGGCGGUGGAGGAUGUGGUGGAGGAUGCGGACCACCGCCACCACCACCAUGUGGAGGAGGCUGCGGAGGAGGAGGUGGCGGAUGCGGAGGAGGAUGCGGACGCAAGAAGAGAGAGGCCGUCAACGUCAUUGCCCACGAUGAUCUCAACAAAUGCAACAAUGAGGAGCUCAGAAUCAUCCUCAACGAGAACACCAAGGAAACCGUCGCCGAAUCGAUCAAGGCCCUCAAGGAGAAGGUUGCCGGACAAGAUUACAUUGUUGUGUGUAACGAGAAGCCAGCUCCAUUCACCGCCGAGACCGACGACUUCUGCCAACUUCAAAAGGAAAACGUGCACUGUUUUCUUGUUUUCAGUGCACAGAUUUUUCUGAUCUCCUUCAACUCAAUAUGCCUUGUACCAGUUUUCAAGGAACAAGCUGUAAAUACACUUUCCUAA